ACUGUUUUCAAGGGCACCAGACUGUGUCCCGAUUUGGCCGACGCACGAUGUUGGGGGUGGAGUCAAUAUAAAUAUGCAUGAGAACGCAUCACGUUCACUUCACUAUUUUCAGAGAACCUCACAGGAUGUCCACACCAAAUUGUUCAGAGUUGGAUUUAGAGCUGGGAGACUUACUUCAGGAGUUUAAUGAUGUUGUGAAGGAGUUGAGCACACCUCACACCUAUGAACAUGUGCUGAGAGAUGUGAAGAGACGCACAGGACAGAAUGAUGGAGAUGACUCCGAUUACUGCAGUGAGACGUCACUGGUAAACAGUUUAAAUGCCAGUGAAGAGGAGCUCAACUUCGCAGGCAUGACCACGGCACCAAAAGCUAAACUCGGGGACAACAGUGACCUACAGAGCUUCAUUGAAAACCUGGAUAGAGAGCUUGCAGAGAUGUGACAUGACGUGAUAUGAUCGGAGAGGAUAAAGUACGUUCAGCUGAACACCUGGUGAGAUGGCAUUUAACAAAUCAUAAUCCUGGCUUCCACUGAAUGUCAAAAUGGAUGACAAAAGGACAUUAAGCUGAAGAAAAACAGCUUGAGACUUCAAUAAGAAAAUGUAAAAUAAAAAUAACAGGUCUUGAGUUUACAGUGUCUUUGUAAUUUGUUGUGAUGGUUUGCAUAAAUUUCCACUUCUAAUAGGAUGUUUAAUUUGAAUAAAUAUCCAUUAUUACCAAGUUAAUAUGAAAAGCACAUUCUAUGUUUUUAUGAAGAAUUAUUGCAAAAAUGGCUAUUUUCCACUUUUAUAUAGAAAUUGUAAAAAUAUCUGGUUUUAUGUCUGGCAUAUUGUGUAAUAUUAAUUGUUCCUUCUGAAGGAUUUUUCUUGUUCCUUGUAAAGACUUUUUCAAUAAAAUUUUUUCAAUAAAAUUA